GAGUGCUCGCCUGAAUCGUAAAACGUGUGUCCGGAGGUGCUGAAGGAAGCGGCUGUUCGUCUGUAACUGUGGGUGUGUUGCAGCAAGUGGAUCUCAGUAGAAACAAAUCAGAAGAAAAUCAUGUCUCUGGAUGCCUUUAACAAAGCUGCUGAGGAGGUGAAGAACCUGAAGGCUAAACCUACUGAUGAGGAAAUGCUGAUCAUUUAUAGUUUAUACAAGCAGGCCACGGUGGGAGAUGUCAACACAUCUCGUCCUGGCAUGCUAGAUUUCACAGGGAAGGCCAAGUGGGACGCCUGGGAAAAGCAAAAAGGAAUGAGCAAGGAGGACGCCAUGAAGGCCUACAUUGACAAGGUGGAGGAACUGAAGGCAAAGUACGGGUUCUAAAGACCAGCUGACUGGGAACAAGCACCUGAGACAGGGAAGGCCCUGGCAAGCUCGCGGAUCGACCGUCCGACAGUUCGUCCGAUUUGCCUUAAACAGACCCCCAGCCCCCAAAAGGAAUGCCCCGCUUCCAUUUUGCUGCACGUAUAAGUGUCAUAAUGGGACAGUCAAAUCUCACCACCUUGGACAGAGGAACCGUCCACCAGCAACUUGUGUACUGAACUCUCAGGAAUUUGUUGUUGUGCUGAAAACUGAAUUAAACAAAAGAGAAAUUGGUAA